UUAUCGAUUAACUAAUAAUUAUUGUAAAUUAAUAAUUUCAUGCUCCCGACUAUAUUAAUUUAUAGAGAUUUUUAUUGUAUAUUUUUAUUUAUUUAUCACUUACUCGUAUUUUUUUUUAUAAAUACUCUCGUAUUUUUCUCAUUUGAAUUUUCUCGAAUUUUUUUAUUCCAUGAAAUCUUUAGUUAAUUCAAAGACAUACAACAAAAUUGCAAUGAUUAUAAUUUAGAAAAAAAUUAACAUAUUUCCUGCGCACAUAUAUGCAUAAAUAUUUAGAUUCUGUAAACGUUGAUUCUCAUUACUUGUUUUAUGGACACCAAAUUAAAAUGGUGUUUAAUUUGGUUAAUCGGAUCUGCGUGGAAUCAAUGAUCUGGAAAAUAAAGGCACGAAAAUCCCUGGCGACACGAGUACCCAUAAAAACGGUUCAAAUGCAAAUUAAACUGCUUAGCAGCUAAUUCAUUUGCAACGGUUCCCAGUCCCAUUCUUUUGCAACGAAACGAUGAUCAAUCAACCAUCCUUUCUCUCCCUAAAAAAACUGCAGACUAGAAGCUCGCUCCUGAACCAGUACCCUUCUACUUUGCUACGUUGCCUCGGCCUGCACAGCGAUCGACGCCGCCUCCUUUGUUACUGAGAUAUCUUAGUCAACACUCAGCUCUUCCCCCAUUAGCAGAACACUGAAAUUUCUCUGUUCCGUCACUCUCUCCGGUAACGUUGAACUACCGUAACAAAGAACUUUUUCGUUCCUCGACCGAAUGAGCUGCUGCAAGGCCACCUAACUUGGGUAGCAUCGCCAUUGAUCAACGGCCGGCCUGUUUAGAAUUCAGUUUAAAAGGCACGCCUGCGUCGUCACGGCGAGUUCAAAUCAGUCUUUCAGUUUUCAAUUUAUUGGCGCGUCUGAUUCAGAAACUUUAGAAUAUUUGGCGCCGGCCGUGUCGUUUGCGCCUGCAGAAUCGGACUGCAGGGCGGCAGAAGAAGUACUCUGACUUCUCUUCUUGUAAUUCUGAUUCCUGGCGCGACGCAGAAACUGCACGUCUCGGCAUCAUUAGGUUCGUCCGGACUUUGUUUUUUCACCAUGUUUUUUUUUUAAUUCCUUUUCUCCCCCGUCCAUCGGUUUGGAAAUGGAGUAGGAGAGUUUUGCUCACCAAGUAUUCGACCAUUUGUUUUCUACUUGGGAGUUCAACUGUCUGGUGACUUUCGGUAACCUGUAAUCUUCGAAUUGCUACAGUGUUCUUCAUUGAAUUCUGCGGUUUUUCUCAUCUGCACCCGCGAUUUUAUUAGCAGGGGGUAGCUUGUCCUUUUUCGAUCCCUGAGGGGGAAUAGCCAAUAUCAGGGAAAUGUUCCCGUCACCACGCAAGUUGUUGCUGCAGGAAGGUGGUUCUCUCCAUAGAGCAUCACAAAUGGAACAUUCACACUCCCAGCAGCAACGAAGAUCCAGCAUGAUCCCUGUUUCUCCUUCUUCUCUUCACUCCCUGCGGACAAGAAGCUUCAAAGAGCCGUCAGUUCCAUCAGAGGCAAACUCGAACAAUAACAGUAAGAAUGAUAAGGGGGUAAAUGUGCAGGUCAUUCUCCGUUGCAGGCCGUUGAAUGAAGAUGAGAAGCAUCUGGUAUCUCAUGCAGUGAUUUCUUGCAAUGAGAAGAAGGGAUUAGUGUCUUUGGUCCAGAAUACAGCUCACAAGCAGAUAGAUAAGAGCUAUCAGUUUGACAAGGUGUUUGGUCCUACAUGCGAGCAGACGGAUUUGUUUGAUUCAGCUGUGACUCCAAUUGUGAAUGAAGUUCUCGAGGGUUACAAUUGUACCAUUUUCGCUUAUGGACAGACUGGAACUGGUAAAACUUACACAAUGGAAGGAGGGAUGGUGUCCGAGGAUGGAGAGUUUCCUAGUGAUGCUGGUAUCAUUCCACGAGCUGUUCAACAAAUAUUUGAGGUUCUGGAAGCCAGAAGUGAAGACUACAGCAUGAAAGUGACGUUUCUGGAGCUUUACAAUGAGGAGAUAAUGGACCUGCUGGCGGACUCUGAUGAAAGUGUUACUGCUAGCGUGGAUGAGAAACUGAAGAAGCCAAUAGCCCUCUUGGAAGAUGGCAAGGGAGGUGUUUUCAUAAGAGGGUUAGAGCAGGAAUUGGUCUCUUCUGCUAAAGAAAUAUACAAGAUCUUGGAGAAAGGCUCUGCCAAGAGGCAGACUGCUGCAACACUGCUUAACAAAACCAGCAGUCGUUCUCACACCAUAUUCUCGAUUACGAUUUACAUCAAGGAGGAAGGUUCUUCAGUUGGAGAGGAACUUGUGAAGUGUGGGAAACUUAAUCUUGUUGAUCUUGCUGGUUCUGAGAAUAUCUCGCGAUCUGGAGCAAAAGAGGAACGAGCGAGGGAAGCUGGAGAGAUCAACAAAAGCUUGUUAACGCUAGGCCGCGUAAUCAAUGCAUUGGUUGACCAUUCUGGGCAUGUUCCAUACAGGGACAGUAAAUUGACAAGGUUGCUAAGGGAUUCACUAGGUGGGAAGACAAAGACGUGCAUAAUUGCCACAAUAUCACCAUCUGUUCAUUCCUUGGAAGAGACGCUUAAUACCCUAGACUAUGCUCACCGAGCCAAAAACAUAAAAAACAAGCCUGAGGUGAAUCAGAGGACAAUAAAAGCUGAGCUGCUCAAGGAUCUAUACUCUGAGAUAGAUCGUCUUAGGCAAGAACUAUAUGCUGCUAGAGAGAAGAAUGGGAUGUAUGUACCAGUUAAUCGUUACCUGGCUGAAGAAGCUGAGAUGAAGGCGAUGGUUGAGAAAGUUGAGAAUUUGGAACUAGAAUUAGAAAUCAAAGACAAGCAGCAUCAUAUGGAACUUCAGAGCCUUUAUGAUGAUCAGCAGCUUCAGACAGCUGAACUAAGAGAAAAACUUCAAAAGACACAGAAAGAACUUCAAGAAUCACGCAAUACUAUACUUGAAAUGGAUGCUAGACAAAAAAAGGCAAACGCAACAAUAAUAGAGAAAGAGUACUUGAUUUCCAAUCUCCUUCAAUCUGAGAAAGCGCUUAUGGAUCAAGCUUUGACGCUACGGCAAGAGCUGGAUGGUGCAGCUAAAGAGGCGUCAACUUUCUUCGGGCAAAUUGAAGAACAAGCCAAAGUAGGAGAAGCAAACAGACUUCUUCUCCAGAAAUUUCAAACUCAGCUCGCUCAAGAGCUUGACGGCUUGCACGCAAUAGUUUCAAGCGCCACUGCAAAGCAGGAGCAACAGCUAAAAUCAAUAGAGAAAGACUUCAGCUUAUUCGUAGCUGAUAAAGAAUCGGGUACUGAAGGACUUCUAUCAGAAGUUGUGAAUUUCAAUGGCAGUUAUGGCAGUAGCAUCAAGUCAUUGGAAAACAUAGCUGGGGAACUCGACGAGGGUUACCAGCAAGCAUUCUCCAAUGUAACUUCGGAAGUCCUGAGAAACUCUACUACUCUUGUUGAGCAUGUAGAAGAAAAGUUUAUGGAAAUACAUGGCAUCCUCAAAGUCGUACAAACUGAGUUGUUUACAGAAGAGGAAAAACUUGCCAAAUAUGCACAGCAGCUUCAUGAGACUCAGUCCAAGACAUUACUGAUGACCAAAUCAAUGACUGAAGCUAUGACAAGCUUUACUUCGAAAUUAGGCAUCCAUGUUUCGAACCUGUCUCGAAUAGCAGAAGAGACCCAAUUAACUACUGGUAGAAAGCUAUAUGAGCUCGAGAAGGAGUUUGAGGUAAGUGCCGCUUUGGAGAAGGACCUGAUGUUGGAGAAAAUAGCAGAGAUAUUGGAUAGUUCAAAUGCUCGGAAGAACAAGCAGGUUCAAACAUCAAUUAGUAGCCUUCUGGAAAGCAUGGGUACAGGGAACUGCAACUUACAGCGUGAGCUCUCGAGCCUGGACAAUGUUGCUUCUUCUGUCAACUGUGAAUGGAGAGAUCACUUGGAGACAGCAGAGGCUAACUACGCUGAAGUUGUGAGUUCAGUGACAAAUGGGAAAGUUGACUUGGAAGCACACCUUCAUCAAUGCCUAGCAAAAGCAAGAAGCGGAGCCACAAAGUGCAAAGACGCAUACGAAUCGAUUCUUGAUCAGCAGAAGAGAGGCAUAGAUUCUGUUUUCGCCAUUGCCGGGGAUGGAGUAGAAACCAACCAUGAGACCUUCGAAAAGCUUACAUCAAUAGCUACUUCUACACUUAAACAAUCUGACAUUGCAAACCAGUCUCUCAUACGCACCAUCUCAAGUCUACUGAAACUGGACCAUGAAGCAGAAAACAACAUGAAGAUGAACGUUGCUCCUUGUAUCAAGGAUAUGAAGAAACUUGAUGGCGAUCACCAAGACGGAGUGCACAAGAUCAAUGAAAAUGCAGGGCAAUGCCUAGUUGGUGAAUACAAGGUUGAUGACACAUGCACCUCACUCACAAAGGCAAAAUACAGCAUUCCAAGCAGUACAACCAUUGAGGAGCUGAGAACACCAGACUUUGAAGUAUUAAUAAGUGCUUUAAACUCUGGGGAUUCGGCAGCGGAACAUGACUUAGAUGAAUCAAAGACUUUGCUAGUUUCUCAGGAUUCUGAUGACAACCUUUUGUGUCCUUCACCAAGAGCUGCCCUCAUAGCCAUCAAUUGAGGGUCAACCAAGAGACCCUCAAUUUCCUUGGCCCAAAUACUUAUUUGUUGAGGCAAAACCAAGUGUUGAUGUUUAUAUCUAUAGCUGACAGAUGUAACUUUCGGAGUCAUUCCGAUCAAGCUUCCUUCCUAUUACUCAGGAAAGUUCUCAGAAAAAGGAGAUAGUUUUAUGGAUCACACCUUCUUUUGAUGAAACUAGAAGCAAUAUAUGUGUAAUAAGAGCAAGAACAAAAUGAAGAACUUUUAAUCAC